GGUCAGAAAGAGAGGCUUAUAAGCAGGCUAAAAUAUAGGCUACAGACGCAUCUAGCCCUCAGUCGCUCACACAGACACAGGAGGACACGGACAAGACGAAAACAAGGGACUGCACUCAAAGGACAUUAAAAGAACAAAAUAAUUACAUCAACAGAACAGAAUGGCUCAAAAAGAGAAACUUCAGUGCCUGAAGGAUUUCCAUAAGGACACUCUGAAACCGUCUCCUGGUAAGAGCCCUGGCACCCGACCUGAAGACGAGGCAGAGGGCAAACACCCCCAGCGGGAGAAGUGGGCCAGCAAGUUGGACUUUGUUCUGUCUGUUGCUGGUGGCUUUGUUGGUUUAGGGAACGUCUGGCGUUUCCCGUACCUCUGCUAUAAGAAUGGUGGAGGUGCAUUUCUCAUCCCGUAUUUCAUUUUCCUGUUUGGCGGAGGUCUGCCAGUCUUCUUCCUGGAGGUCGCCUUGGGUCAGUUCACCUCUGAGGGUGGCAUCACCUGCUGGGAGAAGCUCUGCCCCAUCUUUACUGGUAUUGGUUACGCCUCCAUUGUGAUUGUGUCUCUGCUGAACAUCUAUUACAUCGUCAUCCUGGCCUGGGGCCUCUACUAUCUGUUCCAGUGUUUUCAGCCAGAGUUGCCCUGGGCCAAGUGCAAUCAGCCUUGGAACACCGAUCGCUGCAUUGAGGACACCUAUCGCAAGAACAAAUCUCUGUGGCUGGCUGCCAACGCUUCCAAUUUCACCUCCCCCGUCACCGAGUUCUGGGAACAUAAUGUACUGGGUAUCACCAAUGGCAUAGAGGACAUUGGUCCUAUUAAAUGGGACCUGGCUCUGUGUUUACUGCUCGUCUGGAUCAUCUGUUUCUUCUGCAUCUGGAAGGGAGUCAAGUCCACUGGCAAGGUGGUCUACAUCACAGCCACAUUCCCAUUUGUCAUGCUCAUUGUUCUGUUGAUUCGUGGUGUGACACUGCCAGGUGCUAGCGAAGGCAUCAAGUUCUACCUGUACCCUGACCUCGCUCGCCUAAAGGACCCAGAGGUGUGGAUUGACGCUGGCACCCAGAUCUUCUUCUCCUAUGCCAUCUGUUUGGGUGCCAUGACAUCCUUGGGGAGCUACAAUAAGUACAAAUACAACUGCUAUAGGGACUGUUUGCUGCUGGGAGCCCUCAACAGUGGUACCAGUUUUGUGUCUGGCUUCGCAAUAUUUUCCGUCCUGGGCUUCAUGGCACAAGAGCAAGGGGUGGACAUUGCUGAUGUGGCAGAGUCAGGUCCAGGCCUGGCAUUCAUCGCCUACCCCAAGGCUGUAACCAUGAUGCCUUUUCCUACAGCCUGGGCAAUCCUCUUCUUCAUUAUGCUGCUGCUGCUUGGCCUCGACAGUCAGUUUGUGGAGGUGGAAGGGCAGAUCACAUCACUGGUGGAUCUGUAUCCGUCCUUCCUAAGGAAGGGUUACCGCAGAGAGGUCUUCAUCGCUAUCCUCUGCUGCAUCAGCUACCUACUUGGACUCACCAUGGUUACCAAGGGUGGCAUGUAUGUUUUCCAGCUGUUUGAUUUCUAUGCAGCUAGCGGUGUGUGCCUUCUGUGGGUGGCAUUCUUUGAAUGUAUAGCUGUCGCCUGGGUAUAUGGCGUUGAUAAUUUCUACGAUGCGCUUGAGGACAUGCUUGGCUACAGACCAAAUUCUUGGAUGAAAUGGAGCUGGACUGUUAUCACUCCUGUACUGUGCAUGGGCUGCUUUAUCUUCUCCUUGGUCAAAUACAAGCCAUUGAUGUACAACAAGGUCUACGAGUAUCCUGACUGGGCCAUUGGAAUAGGUUGGACACUGGCCUUGGCCUCCAUGAUCUGUAUCCCUAUGGUAGUUGUCAUCAAGAUCAUCCGAUCAGAUGGACCGCUCAUUGAGAGGAUUAAGGCGGUGGCAGCCCCAGUUCGCGGUGGGGCCAGCUCCCGUCCCGCAGACCACCGUGGCCCCAAGGAGCUCUGCUACCCACUGGACCCCAACGGGAACAAGGGCCUGUUAUUGAAGGCCCCCACCCACACCAUCGUAGAAACCAUGAUGUAAAGGAGUGAGGGGAGGCUCUCUAUGAGAUCACUCUCCUUUCCUGUCCUCUUAUAUGCUUCUAAAGCUAGCUAGCUUUCUGUCUGUCUAUCUGUCUGUCUGGUGGACUGAUAAGGGUUUUAAGGAAAACAUUUUUUCCCGUUUCAAAUCUUUUACGAAUACUUUGGAAGUAGUUUGGUCUUGGUGGUUUUCUUAAGUUAGUAGCAAUCACAUUUAAAAUGUAUUUCUGAAUUUGCUCACAAGCUGUUUCCUAUUUGUAAUAUUCAUGUGACUACAGGUCUCACUAUUGUCUUGUUUAAAGAGUGGCAAAUGGGCACCAACCUCUGGUCAUAUGCUGGUAGAUUUCUGUUUGUUCCACCAGCUACUUUAGCAGCCAGAGAGAAAAAAAGAAAAUGGUUAUUGAGUCUUGAAAUUAAACAACCUUUUGUAGCCACAAUAUGAUAUUGAUCACAGAUCACCAAAAACAGUUUUUUGGGCUGUUCCUGGAAUAUAUAACUACUCUUUGCCUGUGAUACAAUGGACAGGGUGCACUUAUCUGAGAACAUGUGCCAUAGGGUUCGACUUUGGCUAUUCUGUUUCUGUUUGCAGCACUACAGAUUACAGCACUAUUAACAAAAAAAAAAAAAUCCAAAGCCAAACCCAUGUAACAAUUUGCGAAAGACCGGUACAAAAUUACAUAUCCCCCUUCAGUAAUCAGAAAUUCUGAAAGACCUCUUGAUGUUUCAGCUGCACAAGGCAAGAUUUCUUAUGAGAAGUAUGACCAAACUUGCCAACCAAAAUUUCAAAAUAUGGGUGUCACAGGCAAAGUGUCCCAAUUCCACAAAUUUUAGGUUUUAUAGUUAGAUUUGUUUAGUACUCGUAUCAGAUAGGGAUACUUCUCUACCAACAAAACAUGACAAAUCAAAACUCAAGAGCAAAAAUCCAAAGCUGCAGCCACCAAAGAUAAAUGCUAUUCCUUUGCUUCCUUUUUUCAUUAUAAUCAUACACCAGGCUGAUAACCACGAGCCACUAAUACACACAAUUGCCUGGUGCAGCUAAAAAACAAACAAAAAUGCAUAAUUGACACAGUCAUGAUAGCCGGUGACCCUUAUUGAACCAGGAUCCUGGUUCUUAAAUGCACCUUAGCACAAAUAUCUCCAUCUUCCAUAGCCAUAAACUAUGGGUCAAAAAGAAAACUAGCACUGAGAUUGUGGUGGGGAAACCCCCUCCUGCACAAAGAGAGAGGUAUCUGAAAGGAUUUGAAGUGUGGAGGUUAACCCUUGAGUGUGUUGUCUGUGGCGUACUGUACAGUAGUAGCUAAUCAGUCGAUAUAUAUCUAUCUUUAUCUGUCCUAGACCAGUUUACAGUACAUUAGUGACUGCACUAGGCACUCUUGGCUUACAAUUUUGGAUUGGAUUUAUUUUAUUUUAUACAGAUGAAGUUACAUUAUUAUUAAUUUUUCCUCUGUCAAUGUUUAGACUUUUUUAUUAAGACUAUAAUGUUAUUGGUAUUCAUUAUUGAUAAUUGCUGUAGUUUUACAUAGAAGAAGGAACACUUCUUUCAUCUGGUGAAAAUACUAAGCUUUUACACAAAUCAUACAUUUACAGUGGCAGCCAUUGUAGUUAUAGUCCUUAUAAUAAAUUUUUCCUGGGUUGGUCCUGCUAACAGCUUUGUCUUUUGUAUCACACAAACAAAAAAUGCAGAAACAGAUUUUUCCCAAAUAUUUUUUCUUGUUGGGUGUAGGUCAAACAUUCAGCAAGCAAUUCAAUGUACAGUAAAACAAAAAUGGGAAUUCUACAAUGGCUCCAUCUGUAAGUUCGUAGGUGUUAGGGGUUUAUAGCUUUUUCUCUAUUGUUAAUACCAGGGGACAGUAUUUAAUUUGAAUAAAUUCAGUAAGACAGGGCACUGUAGCCAAAGGUUAAACAACAUGUCAUCAACUCAGUGAAUGAAAGCAACCAUUGGUUAGGUGACACUCCCAGCAAAUCGGCCAGUGUCAGACUGUCAACUUGUAAAAGAAUCAAACUCCUUUCUAGACACUGUGAAUUGUGGCAGCUGGCUGCAGAAAAAUCAGUGCCAGUUAGUGACAGUGAGUUACCCUGUUGCAUCACGUCAUCUAAAAUGAGAACUGAAGAGCUUCAUUUCAAACAAGGAACCCCAACAGUUCUAAUAAGUAAUUCAAAAAGUAAGGUCAAAAAUGUUUUUAUAAACAGUGCAGGUUUUCGAAUUUGUACACAUUGCAACUUAAAUUUCUUGCACAUUAGUGGGAAUUUAGUGUCUAUCAUCCUCCUAGGAAUUUGAAAAUUAGUUUUUCAGUAAAUUAAGUCAAACUUACACUUUGAUCUCAAAAUACUCAAAUGAAGCCUAACCCAAAACAAAAAUGGAAAGACAAACUUAACUUCUGAUAAAUAUACUUUUAGUAGUCCAACACCCCUAAAACCUGCGCUGAACAUGUGUUGGUCCAUUCAGAGCCCUAACUUCAUUAACAUUAUGGCUGCUUAAAGAGAAUUUAAAUGAGCUGAUCUGAAACAUUAACUGAAAGCAGACUAUCUAAGACCUAUGACAGUUAAAACUGUACAAGGGGUUUCCCAUGUGCAUGUGUCACCAGCGACCAUCCACUCAGGACCUUCUCUGUAGUGCGUUUAUCUACUGUAUAGCUGCAUUAAACUUGUAAAUGUGGCUGACAAAGAGACGACAUUUAAUGGUAGCAAUCAAAAUUGAUGUUUUUGUCCAGCUUAAAAGGCCAUUGAAUCUGUUCUUUGCCACACAGAAUGGAAAAUCGCACAUCUUAACUGCCUAUUUCAUCCACAAUCAAAGGCAAAAAUACAGAGAGUGAGUCAAAGUGAGUUUUUAAUGCACUUUAUAUGUAUAAUUUGGACUUCAUAUCAAUUGAUGAGGCCGAAAAAAAGAACACUGCCGUAUUUUUAUUACAGGUCCGCAUUGGCCUUCAUUGUAGAAAAAUAUACCUGAAUACUGUCAAAACACUUAAAGUGCUUCUGUUCUCCCAACAGCAGACAUGGUAAAAUAGAUCAAAAAACUAAUAACAUAAUUCACAUCAAAUAUACCUUUGUACAGUGUACAUGCAUUGAAGGAAUUUCACCAUCACUUUAGAAGUGAUUGUGAGUCCAGGGCUUCAUUUCAUGUUUCAUCUAAGCUUUGAUAAUUUUCAUUUCACUUCUUCAUAUACAGUAAAGACGUUCAUAUCAUUAAAAUGGAUUUAUGAAACAAAAUCCACAGCAGACAUCUAUUUUCAUACUGUAACAAACUUUUCCUAUAUAAGUAGUCUUUGUACAGCUAAGCUCCCAUUGCAGACCUCCCAUUUUAAUACAGAUACCAAGCUUCAUUUUAAUCUUACACCUUUGUACAGAUCUGGUUCUAGAUUCCCCUGAAGGAUCUUUGCACUUGGGUUGAUAAAAAAAAAUAAAAAUACAUUAAUGCUGAAAGGAAAGUUCUGUCAGCACCUUCCAGUAAGAACAACAGCGUCAGAAACCAUUAAAUAACAUAUACACUUAUUUAUGGCAUUUUGAAAACAAAAAUUGCACAGAGCACCUAUGGACAAUUAAUGAUUCUGUCUUGCCUUUUAAUUUUGUCUACACAGGUUUUCAGCUUUGGUGCAUCCAUGACAUUUCUAAAUGUCUGGGUUUAUAAAGAUAAUUUCUAAGAUCCACAAAAUGGAAAGCUUGUAGGAACUUCAAGAAAUAGCUUUCAAUGGCAAUAUUGAAAAUUAAACAUCUGUUGCAAAGAAUAAAACUACAGACACAAAAAUAGGUUUAGGCCAUGUAAAUAUAUACUUUCAAUCUUUCCCUUGAGCUAAGAUCCUUCUUUUGGCGGGGAAACAACCCGAAAUAAUAACUAAUGCAGUCAAUUAUUGGUUUAUUUUGCCUCUCUGUGUAUAUUUACAUUAUGUACCAGUCCCUCUGCCUUCUUACACUCCUUAGAUAACCCAUUUUUUCUCAGAGAUAAUGCAUUUGCAAGAGAAUCGAAGCAUUAGUGAUGCACAAGUUUUUACCGCCGAAUGUUGAAAUGCGAAAGUCACCUGUGGGUGAAAUGUUUCUGAAGAUUUAUUUUUUAAGGUGAAAAAGCAAGAGUUUGUUUCUUUUUCUUUUUAUUCUUGUUUUAUUGAAUUCAGCAGUUUCUUGUUUUAUUUUGUUUUUGAUUGUGUGUCUGUCACAUUUGCCUUUUGUAUUCCAAAUAUUGUGUAUUGUAUCUGUCAUUGGAGUAACUUGUAUCUAUCAAUUAUCAAUCAAAAAACAAACAGAAAAAGCUACAAUUUGUUAUGUGCAAUACUUUGUAGAAUACUUUUUAUUUUUCAUGCUGUUUUUCCAAGAAGUGGCACUAACCGUUCAAGUAAGUCGGUAGCUGUGAAUUAUUGAAGAAGGCAGUUAAAUUAAAACCCACCAAAAGGCUCUGCUGUGUGGAUCUAAACCAAUCUAAACCACUAUUCCAUAAAAGAUCUUGUGGUUUGAAAUGUACUGAGAAUAAAAUGAUUUACUAAA